AGCAGCAGCUCAUUUGCAUUUAAAGGGACACACAAAAACGGCACGUUUUUUUGCAAAAAUCAUCAUAACCAUCACAAUAUAAGAAAAUCAUUCAGAUAGAAAUGUACUCGUAAGUGUCUGCAUGUGAUUGAAUUGCAAAAAACAUUAAGACGUUAACUAUCAGGUGAUCUCAGGUAAAGUUUAAAGGGUCAUAUAUUUCUUUAAGAUUCAAUAUCUGAUCAUUGCAAACUAUUGGAAACAUUUGGCAAUAUGAAUUGAUUUGAUUGGCUGAUGGGAAAACGUUAUUCAGCUGCUGUCCCAUUUUAUCUACCACCAUCAGCCAAAAUGGGACACUUUAUGACUUUUAAGAGAUAUUUAUGAUGAUUUUCUUAAUAAAAACUGAAAACAUCUAAUCGUAUUUAUAUUGCAUGAUUGCAGUAUUCAUAUGUGCACAUGCAAAACAUUUAUUGUGAUGCCAUAUUAUAUUAGAAAUAGCAUAAGUGUAACACAUUCAAAGAUUUAUAAAGAUUUAUUUAUUCAAAAUUAUGAUUUUGCUGUACUGUUUUGAUUUAUCUAAUAGAUACUAAUAUCGAAACAGUGAACUUUUGACAUUUAAAUGGCUGGGGCUUAAACAGUUUUUGUGCCAUUUUCGACAUAUAAUCAUAAAUUAAACCUGAGAGCAGUCUUCAUAGGUAUUUUAAGGCUGCUCAGUGGGAUUGAUCAAAACGCGUCCAAUUUUACAUCCACAUAAACUGAGAUUUUAGCGCUCGUGCCAUCAGCUGGCGGAGACACGGACGCACAACUCAUCCCUCCCUUCAAACCUUCUCACUGCCAUCUCCUGACAUCAGCCGAAUGAGGGGACUGGGAAAGAAAAACCAAGUGAGUGAAAGAAAGAAAUAAGCUGGGAAGGAGAGAGAGAGAAAGAGAGAGAGAGCGCGCGCGGUGCUCCAUGGUCACUCGCCCAUUGGAAGCUCGAGAGCACAUUUUGGAUUCGACUUUUUCUUGAAGGGGACUUGAGAGAAGAAACAAGCGUUUGUUGGCGUGCCAAAGGCGAACAGCCAUGCACCUGAAUCGGGAGGACGAGGAGGGAAAAGGUUCUUUGUCUCUGAGUGUGUUCCUGGUAUCGGUGGGUUUAACAGUGUGUGUUGUGUGGCUGGUGGCGCUAUGCGGGGUCUGUGGAUGGUGCCAACGCAAACUGGGGAUGAGGAAUAAGCCGGGGGUGGAGACAGCAGGGACCCCAGACUCGGUGUCUGUGUCGGGGAGAGGCCGAGGAGAAAAUAAAGCCAUCAAUGAUCUAGACAGGGACUUUUGGAAUAACAACGACAGCAGCACUGUGCAGCAGCGCUGGAGCUCCUAUCCACCCAAGGAGUUCCUCCUCAACAUGUCCCCCUACGCCCCCUAUGGAGACCCUCGCCUCACGCCCAAUGGAUCGCUGGAGAAGGGAGGGGUGGGUGGGGGGGCAGUGGGGGGUCCCAGUCGCAGUGACAGCUGCAUAGGCGCAGGGACCAGCAAGUCCGGGAGGUGGCAAACUGUCCAGAGCCACCUGCACUCCGGCAGCUUGAGACCCAGCAAUUUUGGGGACCCCUCUCUUUCUACCACCUCCACUUUGGAGCAUAUCCCGUCCUCAGCAGCCCGCCCCAGGCCCCUGGUCAGGCAGCAAAGCCUCCAGCAGCCCCUAACCCACCAGCCCCCGCCAGGCCCCAACGACCCCCCAGCCACCUCCCAGAGUCUGGGCCAACUGCACACCGGGCCCGGGGGUGGGGGCCACCGGGGGGGCCCGCGGGGGGUGCGUGGCAGCCCGGCUGGGGCAGGGGCGUCCCGCUACAGGUCGGGUGGAGGGGCACGAUCGCGGUCCAAUCCUGGAAGCUGGGACCACGUGAUGGGACAGAUCCGGACCAGAGGCAUGGAUGUCAAGUCAUUCCUAGAGGGGAAGAUGGUUGUGCUAUCCCUCGCGAUCGGAUUGGCUGAGCAAGAUGACUUCGCCAACCUUCCAGAUCUACAGGAGGUGCCAGCGAACAAGGAAACACCUCCCACCGACAAAAGAUCUAACAAACCCGGCAGCAGCCCCAAUGGUCAGACCAAAGACGAGAGCAACCGCCGGACAGACGCUAACUCUUCCGUCUCAGACCUGGCCAACUCCGUCACGAGUGAUAUGCUGAUGUUGUCCCCAGGCUCUGAGGAAGAGGAACACGAAGGACCCGUGUGCGAGAAGUUGGGACGCAUCCAGUUCAGUGUGGGAUACAGUUUUCAGGACUCCACACUAACGGUGAAAAUCCUGAAGGGUCAGGAUCUACCUGCGAAAGACUUUUCUGGAACUUCAGAUCCAUUUGUCAAACUCUACCUUCUGCCAGACAAGAAGCACAAACUUGAGACCAAGGUCAAAAGAAAGAACCUCAACCCUCAUUGGAACGAGACCUUCCUAUUUGAAGGGUUCCCCUUUGAGAAGGUGGUGCAACGCACAUUGUACCUGCAAGUGCUAGAUUAUGACCGCUUUAGCAGGAAUGACCCUAUAGGAGAGGUGUCCAUCCCCCUGAACAAGGUCGAUCUGGGCCACAUGCAGACCUUCUGGAAAGAGCUGAAACCCUGCAGCGAUGGCAGUGGGAGUCGAGGAGACCUCCUUGUGUCUCUGUGUUACAAUCCCACUGCCAACAUCAUCACUGUGAGCAUCAUCAAGGCACGCAAUCUCAAAGCCAUGGACAUCGGGGGAACAUCCGACCCCUACGUCAAAGUGUGGCUGAUGAACAAAGAUAAGCGAGUGGAGAAGAAGAAGACGGUGGUGAUGAAGAGGUGUUUGAACCCCGUGUUUAAUGAGUCCUUCCCCUUCGAUGUCCCCGCUCACGUCCUCAGAGAGACCACCAUCGUCAUCACAGUCAUGGAUAAGGACAGACUGAGCCGCAACGAUGUCAUAGGCAAGAUCUAUCUCUCAUGGAAGAGUGGCCCAGCAGAGGUAAAACAUUGGAAAGACAUGAUGAGUCAUCCACGCACUGCUGUUGCCCAAUGGCAUGCUCUCAAAGCUUGAAGGACCCGCCCACCAAAAGUAAACAACACCUUCAAAACCCUGUUGAUAUGCACAAGUUUAAACACGGGUACCAAAAGCCAUCCAACUAUCUUUCUCUCUCUCUGUCUCUAUCUUUCUCCCUUCUCAAUUUUUUUCCUGCAGUUUGUUAAUGGAGACCCUUCCUUUAUUCACUGCUUUUAUUUUUUCCCACCAAAAAGAGGCUAAGCACUGCCAAGAAGACUGGGAGAGAAACUGAGAGAGGUAAACAGACUCGUCUUCCUUGAGAAAAAGUUUGACAACUCGACUGUUCUCUGAACAGCUGGACCGUGGAACAGGGUGACUUCUAGCAUCGAACUUCAAUCGCUGAACUUGAAACGGCUGAAAACAAUCUCCCGAACAGACCCUUCUAUUGCCAUGUUUGUGUCUCACCUCCCUCGUGCCGUCCCUCUGAGCGUACGGAAAGAUCCGGAAGGAUCGCAACCACAGUGCAAUACCUAGCUGAAGGAGGGAUGAACUUGUUGUGUGUUGGACUUCGUCACCUUUUGAUGUUUUUCUCGGAACAGUGUAGAAAUUCGCUGGAACUCUUUGUCGUCUGUAUGUACUGUGGGUGCUGUUAUGUGACAGAAAAAAGAGGUCUUGUUUAAAAAAACAGAUAAACAUGAAAAAUUUAAGCUCA